AAACUGACAGGGAGAUUCGUACGAACCUGUUUGUCAUAACUUCCUAGUUUUGCAGACUUUAUUUUUUCUUUUUGAUUCGGGCUUUUUAGAGACACCGUACCAUAGACAUUCAUACACAUAUCAUACGUAUGUGGAGCUGAGCUGAGCUAAAUUACAUUUGGUUUUCCGACUGUUAGUGGUGAGUUACCUUGGAGUUGGAGCUGGAACUGCAGUAUUUGCUGAUAGAGUUUUCAGACUGUUGGAGUUGGAGCUGGAGCUGCAGUAUUUGCUGAUAGAAACGAGUGUUGGAUUGCUCUGUGUUGGAGUUGCUGGAAGGAGGUAGUGGUGUUUAAGUAAGUAUUAGGGGAUUUAUGUUGAAAGUGUGCAGCAUAUGGUCAUGGUAGUGACUUUUCAAAAAGGAUUAAUUAUGUUAUGCCAUGUAGUGGCACUGAUUUAAUCUUACUUAUGUUUUGAGCUGAUUCUAUAGGAAGGCACAGAAUGAACAAUUGUUCAAGCAAAUACUAUGAUUAUGAUUGCACCUGCAGCAAAUUUUCAAAAUGAGAUUACAUGGUGAAAUAAUUAAGCUUAGAAAUAGGUCAAAUAAACCAGUUGGCAUAUAGGGUGAAUAAGUUUCAAACCAUGGGAUUGUUUAAGGCCAAAAUGUGGAUAUUAGUCAUUCAUUGGAAACCUCCAUGUUGUGUUGAGAUCAUAGGUCACUUAUGUAGGUCAAAUGUUAUGGCAUACCUGCAAGACUAAAGAAUACCAAAAAAAAUACACAUUGAAAUACCUUAUUUGUCAAACCUGUAUUGUACAUUCUGUGUAUACCUCUGUCAGAAUAGGGGAAAGUGGUUAGACUUUUGUGACAAUUAAUCUUGUAGCUUUGAUAUCCUAUCCAAAAGGAUUUGUACUAAACUGAUUACUUGGUAUUCUGCUAUUAGUCAUGGCUGGAAUUCACAAAGGUGGUUUAGAUUUAGACCACGGUUUAUGCUUUUUAUGGUUAUAUUACUUUUCACUGUUCAACAUUUUUAAUGUGCAAUAGUACCUGUGUUUUCAAGAUCUUCAAACUUGGUACAAAAUUAAGGAAGAAUAGUUUUUGGUGUUAUAUAUCAAGGUUAUGUUUACAUAGAAAUUUUCUGCUUGACAAGUCAAAUAAUUAAAUUGAGGACUACGGUAAUACUGUGGUUCACAUGGGAAGAAGGAGGCAUAUACCAGUAGACUGCACACAGUCGAAUUAAAUGAAAUAUGUCUCAGCCAUCAUAUUAAGCAUCAAUUGUAGACUCUUCCAUUGGGUACGUGUUGCCAAAAUUUGAAUAGAAUCCAUCAAACAUGUAGGGAGUUAGUCAAGAUGAAGAAAAAAAGGGGGGGGGGGUGUUUUUAAAACACAUAGUGCAAACAUGCACAUAUAUUUUGAUUUUAGUCUAAUACAAUACAUAUUGUACAUGUGACCUUGCCUAAGUCGAACUUGGAUAAGUCAAACCGCCCGUAUAAAGUUAACGGUUAAACGUUUAGCCCCAAAAACGUAAUGAUUCAGGCCUACGGCGAGCGGGCGGGCAUAGUACGUCACUAAAAUGUCAUGAUAGAGUCUUCUUUUUAGCACAGUGUAAAAAAAAGUCAAGAACUUUGUAUUUUGAAAAAUGGAAAAUGCCAGUUUUGCGUGUAACUAUUUAAAAAAAAAAAUUCUUUCUACUUACAGGUGUCUGGCUGUGCUGAUUGUAUGUUUAUUUUGUGUCCUGGAAGUUUGUUUUUCAGGAAAAUACUUGUUUUUUGUUUACAUCUUUUCAUUGUAUUCAUUUGAACUGAAACUUCAUCUUGCAUCUUUCUUUAUCUCAGAAGAGAUUCUGCUCUCAGAAAAGAGUGUACCGCACGCCAGAAGGUGUGUGUCUUUAACCAUUUCAUCCCAUUUCAUACAAAUUCAAUGCCACUGAGAUGGUCGUGGAUAAACAAAUGAAAAGCCACUGAGAAACUCGUGGAUAAACAAGAAAAAAAAAAAAAAAAAAACUCAGAUCUGAAAAAUUUUCAUCUUGAGCUUCUUCUUUACCUCUGUCUUAUUUACUGACUUUCUAUUGUUAUUUUCCUGGUUAAUUGUUUGAAUAUGAGGGCAUAGCAGAAGAUUGAUUGAAAGUGACUUUGAUUGAGAGAAGAAGUACAGAGUGAGCUUGAUUGAAUGCAAAGAAAGUGAGCUAUAUCAUUGAAAAGAGAAACAAGUUUAAUAAUUCUAUGAAUAGAUGUGAUUGUGAGUGAUUGUUGGAAAGAGAAUAAGGAAAUUUGUGACAGGAUAUAGAGAGUUCUAGAAAUAUAAGUGAGCUUGAUUGAUUGCAAAGAGUACAUGUAAGAAGAACAUUUGUGUCAGGAUAUAUAGAGUUGUAGAAAAGUGAGCGUGAUUGAUUGCAAAGAGAGGAAGAAAGAAAUCUGUGUCUGGAUAUAAAGUAUACAGAUUUAUAAAAAUAUAAGUGAGCUUGAUUGCAGAGAGAGUAAGAAAGAAAUCUGUGUCUGGAUAUAAAGUGUACAGAUUUAUAAAAAUAUAAGUGAGCUUGAUUGCAGAGAGAGUAAGAAAGAAAUCUGUGUCUGGAUAUAAAGUGUACAGAUUUAUAAAAAUAUAAGUGAGCUUGAUUGCAGAGAGAAUAAGAAAGAAAUCUGUGUCUGGAUAUAAAGUGUACAGAUUUAUAAAAAUAUAAGUGAGCUUGAUUGCAGAGAGAGUAAGAAAGAAAUCUGUGUCUGGAUAUAAAGUGUACAGAUUUAUAAAAAUAUAAGUGAGCUUGAUUGCAGAGAGAGUAAGAAAGAAAUCUGUGUCUGGAUAUAAAGUGUACAGAUUUAUAAAAAUAUAAGUCAGCUUGAUUGCAGAGAGAAUAAGAAAGAAAUUUGUGUCCGAGUAUAAAGUGUACAGAUUUAUACAAAUAUAAGUGAGCUUUAUUGCAGAAAGAGAAAGAAAGAAAUCUGCGUCUGGAUAUAAAGUGUACAGAUUUAUAAAAAUAUAAGUGAGCUUGAUUGCAGAGAGAGAAAGAAAGAAAUUUGUGUCUGGAUAUUGAGUGUACAGAGGUAUACAAAUGUAAGCGAGCUUUAUUGCACUGAUUGGUAUCUGCUGAAUAUAUUAACAAACCUCUUUGAACACUGUCUCACAAUAUCGUAGUUUGUAUUGAAAAAGUAGCACAGUCUUGAGAUAUCCAAGAUAGCUAACAAUUUCACAUUUUAACAAUUAUAAACAAAGGCCAUAUGUUGAAAGACGAAAUGAAGGUCGGUGAUAGAAAUGCAGAACCCCAUGUUGAAGAGACUUUAGAGUGUUAUAUAUGUGGAAAAGAUCUUGAUGGCAAGGAGAAUGAAGUGAAGUGUGAAAGUUGUCCCAACUCUUACCAUGUGGCAUGUAUGAAUAUCUCUCGUGAAGAUAAAUUUAGUGACAUUACACUUGUAUGGAUUUGCCUAUGCGGAAAUAACAAUAUUUCUGUACGUAUGUUUGACCAUCUAGGUAUCCCUAUUGAUGUCAACCAAUAUGAAUGCAUCAGUCCGAAUCAGGAGGUCAUGGAAGAGCCUGACGGCACACCUGAUGAAUGCUCUACAUCGAGAAAGAUUGAAAGAGGCCGCUUUACAAAGAUGAAAAGGUAUGUGAACAAAGGACAUAAGCGAUCUAGAUCCCCCAAAGAAACAAAUGCAAAAAAGGGGAGAAAUGAAAGGUACGUUGAUGACUGUAGGAAUGCGUCUACAUGUGACCAGUCAGAAAAUGUAAAAAAUACAGUUGGCAAGGAAAAGGAAUCUGGUUUAAGAUGGGACUUGAUAAGAUCGCGAAAGGCAAAACUCUUGGAGAAAAGAAAAGGAAUGAUUUCUGUAGAUAACAAAUACAGACAUAAGGAUGAGUGUUCACAUGUGAACAAAAGAGAAAAGGGAGUGACAUACAUAGGAAAAGCAAUGAAGCAUCUGUACCGCAAAUCAAACUCAAAAAUCAAAGUUCCAAGUACUGAAAACCAAUCAAAAAUGACACAAGACAACGAAAAAUCAAAAACAAGUGUAUCAAGCACAAAGAAACAAAUAGAGGUGCCGGAGAUCAGUGAAAAUGAUUUGAAGGUAACACGUACAGGAACGGUUUCUCAUGAAGAGACAAAAGUGUGUGAAGAUGGUAAUGACGAACAUUGUUUGAAGUCGAAUGAGAUGGCUAUGUUGUACAGUAAACAGAAAUCUCCUAGUGAAUGGUCUUCUUCAGAUCUUGAUGCUCUUGUAACAUGUUCAAUUGAUAUGUUUUCUACUAGCCCUGAUGACGUAUCUGCGAGUAUUUGUAAGAAAGGUGAUGGCACAUCUCUUGGCGAACCAAAGACAGGACCUCUUACCAAGUACGCACAUCCAGACUCACUGAUCAACACCCUUGAAGAAUCACUCAAGAAUUGUGAUGGUUGUCUUAUGAACUUUGGUAAGCAGACUUUUCUCAUAAUGUCACAUGAAACAGGUUACUACAUCUUUGAUGCACAUUCCAGAAGUAGAAAAGGGUGUCAAAGUAAGCAAGGAAAAAGCAUUCUCAUGCAUACUAAAACUUGGCUCGGAAUAUACACUUAUUGCAUACAAUUGUUGAACUCUAUGAAGCUCUCGUGUGAGGAGACAUACAAGCUGACACAGGUGACAGUUGCACACAGAUCAAGUACUGAUGCAUUGAAACACACAAUCCCAACAGAUACAAUUUCACAGGAUAAGGUAGAUGAAAGUCUGAUGGUAAUCCAAACUGAAGAUCGUUCCGUAUCUAAACCUGAAUCAAGCCAAGAUAAAGUACAUGUAACACUCAAUUGGAAAGUGCAAGCAAAACCUACCAAACCCCCUGAUGAAAUAGAUGUUGAUCUCAAAUCAUACAGGAAAGUGCAAGCAAAACCUACCAAACCCACUGAUGAAAUAGCUGUUGAUCUCAAAUCCUACAGGAAAGUGCAAGCAGAACCUACCAAAUCCACUGAUGAAAUAGAUGUUGAUCUCAAAUCAUACAGGAAAGUGCAAGCAAAACCUACCAAACCCACUGAUGAAAUAGAUGUUGAUCUCAAAUCCUACAGAGUUCAUGCUGGUGGCAAAAACCAAAAAAAGGGUAAAGCAAGGAACAAGAAAGAAGCAGUCGAGGUUUUCAGAUUGAUAACGGACACAGUGUUGUACUUAGUACUCCAAGUUGGCAAGGUGUGUACAAGCAUUGCAUGAGGUUAGCAAAAACAAGGGGAUGUCCCAUGCACACUGAAUAUGAGGUAACUAGUGUAUGUGCAAAAGCAACUUCCGGUAAGAAUGAAACCUUGAAAGGCUAUCCACAGUUACAGGAUGUUUUUUGUAGUCAGAUUCCAUCGUCAAAUAGUCACAGUGAAAGUCAGUUUGAAAGCUCUGGAUGUUCCAUACAUUGUGAAAGCUUUGAUGAAGUUCAAUUGGAACUUGAAUUGGAUGAGAGUGUUUUCCCACAAAAAAUGAUUGAUAGCCCAAAUCUAUUUCUCUUUCCUGAAAAAGCAAAUGAAACAAUCAUUCAUGAUUUACAUUAUAACGGUCAGCAAUUAAAACUGAAGAGUGUGACAAUUGGCUUAACCAAAUUAAAAGAAUCACAGCUAAAUAAUAGUUGUCUUUUGAAAGGAAAUGACUCUAUAAAAACAGAAUAUGAAAAUAAACAAAAGGGAGACUCCAACAACUGUACUAAAUGUGGAAAUGACUCUGAUAAAUUGAAUUUAGUGAACGAAGUUCAGAAUUCCAACUUUAUCUUAAGCAGGAAACGAAAAUGGAGUAACUUCGAAAGCGAUGCGAAAGUUAAUGUUGACCUUGGCAAGGACAUUCGAAAAACCAAAUUGGUGAAAAUGAAUGAGAACGACAGCUUAAGAAUUGACGCAAGCGAUUGUGCUGAUAGUAAAGACGACUUAAUAAUAAUUGGAGAAGUUCAUGUUAGAAAUGUAGACCAUGGAAAAAAAAAGAGUAAAACCAGACAAAGUUCUAAUCAAAAAAGGAAGCGCAAUAGACAGCAUAUGAGAGAAAAACGAGCCUUGACCAAAGAUGAAAUCAUUAAGAAAAAGGAAAAAUGUCUCCACAAUGCGCAAAUGAGGAAAAUUAAAUCAAAGAAUAAAUUUCAAAAUGAUUUAACCUACAAAAUGGAAAAAAUAAAUGAAGUAAAACAAAGACAAAAAGAGAAUUACAACGCUGAUUUAUCACACAAAAUAAAGCAAGGAGCUUAUGUCAAACAAAGGCAAAAAGAAAUGUAUAAAGAGGAUUCAAAUUUCAGGAACAAACAGCUAAAUAUUAUGAGAACCAAAUAUCAUUCUGAUUUACAUUAUAAAAAGAAAAUUGUGUAUAGAAAUAAACAGAAAUAUUUGAUAAAUGAAGGAUUCAAAGAAAAUGUUAAAACAGCUAUGAGGACAAAAAUGAAAAAUAAAUAUUCGAACGAUGAACAUUUCAAGGAAAAACAACGAGAUACCAUGAAAAAACGAAUGAAGCAAUCAUAUCGCAAUGAUCAACAAUUCAAACGAAUUCACAAAAGCAAAAUAAGAAGUAAAUACCAGCACGAUGAACAAUUCAAACGAAUUCACAAAAGCAAAAUAAGAAGUAAAUACCAGCACGAUGAACAAUUCAAACGAAUUCACAAAAGCAAAAUAAGAAGUAAAUACCAGCACGAUGAACAAUUCAAACGAAUUCACAGAAGCAAAAUAAGAAGUAAAUACCAGCACGAUGAACAAUUCAAACGAAUUCACAAAAGCAAAAUAAGAAGUAAAUACCAGCACGAUGAACAAUUCAAACGAAUUCACAGAAGCAAAAUAAGAAGUAAAUAUUCGAACGAUCAACAAUUCAAGGAAAAACAACGAGAUACCAUGAAAAAACGAAUGAAGGAAUUAUAUCAGAACGAUGAACAAUUCAAAGGAAUGCACAAGAAUAGAAUUAGAAGUAAAUAUCGGAACAAUGAAAAUUUUAAGCAGAUAAAAAAGGCAAAUAUGAAAAUAUUGUCCAUAAUUAGAUAUAAAGGCAAAGAAUUUAAGGAAAAGAAAUUGAUGAGCUUAAAAAUGAAAUAUAAAAGAAUUGAAAAAUAUAGGCAAAAUGUAAUAAAACAAAACCGAAAAAGGUCUGUACUUCGAACAGUAAAAUUGUCCGAGUUUGAUAUUGUACAUGAAGAAUUUAGAAAGAUAAUUUCUCAUGGCCCAGAAUAUGUGUGCUGUGUAUGUUUAAAACUUCUCUUUGAGAACCAAGUAAUGAAAUGUAAAAAGAGUAAUUAUAAAAUUCAGACAUGCAUAAGUGAAGAAUAUUUGCAUGUUUGCAAUUCAGAAUGCCGGUCAAAAUGUUUAAUAGGCCAGUCAGCCAGAUCGUCACUAUGGAUAUGCUUCACCUGUCAUAGAAAAUUGCAAGCUGGGAAAGUACCUGCAGAAGCAAAUAUGAACAAUUUACAACUACAUGAAGUUCCAGAAGAACUUGCCAAUCUGAACAAUUUAGAACAGCAUUUGAUUGCAUUGAAUAUCCCUUUCAUGAAGUUGAUGGCCUUGCCUAAAGGUGGUCAAAAUGGAGUCCAUGGCCCAGUCGUGUGCGUGCCUUCAAACACCUAUGAAACAGUACAUAUGUUGCCAAGACCACAGACUGAAGAUCAAUUGAUCCGUGUUAAACUCAAAAGAAAAUUGUCGUACAAAAGCUAUUAUGAGUACAAAUUUGUAGAUAAAUCUAACUUGCUUAAGGCUCUGCAGUAUUUAAAAGCAAGUAACAAGUGGUAUUUUGAUGUUACAGUAAAUGAUAAAUGGGAAAACUCACUUGAACGAAAUGAAAAAAAUAAUGAAAAGGAAGAAGCAGUGGAAAUAGGUGGUAAAGCUCGUUUAGCAAAAUAUUGGAAGGAAAUGGAAGAACAAAUUGAUUAUAUUUUGUCCAAAGACAAAAAUGCUAAUGAAAACAUGCAAGACAACAGUAAAGUACAAACAAAAAUAGAUGACAAUGACACUGAAGACGAUAUGGAAGAACGAUUAUGCGGUAUUCAGUUAGACUCGUGUCUCCAGCCAGUAGAUAUUGGACAGGAAAUAUUAGAUCAGUAUUUUGAAGACAUAAUAUGUUGUGCUCCUUGUGAAGGAAGAAGCCCUGUAUCAAUUCUACAAGAUGAAAGCAAUGAGGCCAAAUGUUUCCCAGUAUUAUUUCCUAAAGGUCAACCAACAUUCCAUGAUAGAAGAGAUGAAAAAAUAACAUUAGGACGUUAUCUGCAUAACCGACUGAUGCACGUGGACAAUAGAUUUGCUCAGAAUACGGAUUACAUCUUUUAUGCACAAUAUAUUUAUGAAAUUCAACAGGUUAUAUCGCAAGUUUCUAUCGCAUUAAGGCAAAGUCCAAACAAAAAAGAUGAUUCGUCUUCAAUAACUGCCUCAGAUUUGAAAGAUGCAGAGAAAGUUAAAAAAAUACUAAAAUCAGACAAGGGCUAUAAAUUUUUAAAGCAAAUUCGUGGAACACCUCCGUUCUGGCAAAAGACACAAAAAGAUGUACUUGCAAUGGUACGACAGCUUGGAAAGCCGACAUGGUUUGCUUCUUUCUCAUCUGCCGAUAUGAGAUGGCCAGAAUUAAUGAAUACAUUGCUUAGACAAAAAGGAGACACCAGGGAAUCGAGUGAAUUAGACUAUAAAGAAAAAUGUAAUCUUUUAAGAUCGAAUCCAGUAACAGUUGCCAGAAUGUUUGAUAAAAGAUUUCACACUUUUAUGAAGACAGUAAUUUUAUCUCCAGCUGCACCGAUCGGUAAAAUAGUUGAUUCAUUUUGGAGAGUAGAGUAUCAAGCUCGAGGUUCCCCUCACAUUCAUGCCUUGUUCUGGGUUCAAAAUGCUCCACAGUUGGGUAUCGAUAAAGAUGAUGAUGUCGUACAAUUCGUAGAUAAAUACAUUUCUUGCCAGAAGCCGGAUGAAAAGGAAGAUCGAGAACUACAUGAAAUAGUAAGCAAGGUCCAACAACACAGUAAGAAACAUUCUAAAUCUUGCACAAAAACAGGAAAAGCAUGUAGAUUUAAUUUCCCAAGACCACCAUCUGAAAAAACAUUCAUUGUAACACCUGUUGAAGAGAUUCCAGCUAAAGAUUGUGGGAAAGUGCAAAAUAAGGGAAAAGACAAUGAUCAAAUUAAAGCUUCUAAAAAGAUUAAAGAUGAUGCAGAGAAAUUGUUGAAGUCAGUUAAAGAUGCAUUAUCCAAUGGAAUGGAGUACAACAAUGUAAACCAUCUCUUUGAAGAGCUUGACAUUACACAAAAUCAAUUUGAAAAUGCACAUAAUGAAUUAGCAUCACAACAAAGUAUAAUCAUCAAGAGACAGAUACAAGAUGUAUGGGUAAAUCAGUUUAAUCCAAGUCUCCUUAGAAGCUGGAACGCCAACAUGGAUUUGCAGUAUGUAACAAAUGUAUUUGCAUGUGUAGCUUAUAUUGUAUCCUACAUGUCAAAAGCUGAACGAGAAAUCGGAAUGCUAUUGAGUCAUACACUAUCUGAAAUGAAGGAUGGAAAUGAAAACGCAAAGGAAAGCAUGAAAAAACUUGGCCAGGUGUACAUGCAAAAUCGUGAAGUAUCUGCUCAAGAAAGCGUCUAUCGUGUUUGCAGUCUCAGAUUGAAAGAAUGUUCUAGGAAAGUGGAAUUCAUUCCUGUUGGACCCAACCCUGUCAGAAUGAGUUUACCAUUAAGCGUUAUAAAAAGCAGACCAGAUAACGAUAAUGAUGAUGAUGAGAAUGUUUGGAUGACUAGCAAGCUCGACAGAUACAAAGCUCGACCUAGAAAUGCAGAAUUCAGUAAUAUGUGUCUUGCAACGUUUUUUUCUCAGUUUAGAAUCUUAACUGCAUCCCAAAAGCCAAGUGCAAGAAGUAAAAAUGUCUUUAAAUUAGAUAAUGAUCUGGGAUAUAUUCAGAAGCGCACACGUACAGCAGAUGCAGUUGUAAGAUAUCCCCGAUUUUCACCCAUCAUCUGUCCUGAAAAAUAUUAUUUGAGCAUUUUGCAACUCUUUCUGCCAUAUUUUGAAGAUGAACAAUUAAAGCCGCCAACCUUUGAAACACAUCAAGAGUUCUAUGAGACAGGUUCUGUGAAAAUACGUGGAUGUGAAUUAGAGGAAGUCUGGUCAAUUGUGUGUACUAACCGAAACAAGUUUGAAAUGAAUGCUGAUGCAAUUGAUCAUGCACAGGAGCAUCUUAACAAAUUUGGUCCACACGAAGAUGCAUGGGGUCUUUUAUGUCCGGAAAAGGAAGUAGAACGACUUGAACAUCCCAAAGAAAAUGUAGAUGUCGAAGAUUGUGAUGGAGAUCUUGAUAUCCCGGAUUUAAAGCAUGAAAAGAAAAAAGAUGACUAUAGCAUCGAAUUUCGAUCUGUAAAGAUUUCCAAACAGGAUGGACAUUCUUUGAUGAGGUCUUUGAAUGAGAAGCAACAGACUGUUUUUUACAAAAUACGACAGUGGUGUUUAGAUAGAGUAAAUGGAAAAUCGGUCGAACCGUUUCAUAUUUUUCUAACUGGUGGUGCUGGCACUGGAAAGAGUCAUUUGAUUAAAUGUCUCAACUAUGAAGCAACACGUAUACUAGCCCGAAUGUUGCCACAUCCCGAUGAUGUCUCAGUAUUGAAAAUGGCUCCAACUGGAGUAGCUGCAUACAAUAUCAAUGGCCAUACUAUACAUAGUAUUCUUUCUAUUCCAAUCAAUGCACAAAAACUGUAUCAACCGCUGAGUGAUGAGAAAAUAAAUGUCCUUCGAAAUAAGCUGGCUCAAGUACAAAUUUUGAUCAUAGAUGAAGUAUCAAUGGUAGAUCAAAAGUUGAUGUCUUACAUUCACGGUCGCCUACGACAAAUAAAACAAUCACGCGAUCAAACAGCUUUUGCUGGUGUUUCAGUUAUUGCUGUGGGAGACAUGUAUCAGUUACCUCCAGUCUUUGGAAUUCCUUUAUAUAAAGACACACUCAAUGGUGUAUUAUGGAAUGAUAAUUUCAAGAAAGUAGAACUUGAAGACAUUAUGAGACAAAAAGACGAUACCCAAUUCGCUUUUCUCUUAAAUAGAUUACGUGUAAAAGAAGGGGAUGAGAUUCUCUGUGAUGAAGACCUAGCAAUGCUCAAGUCUUGUGAAACUGGUGAAGAAUGUGAAAAUGCUCUGCAUAUCUAUUCAUGUAACAAUCAAGUAGAUGCUUGGAACAAGAAAUUAUUGCAUAAAAGAUGUGCCGAUGUGAUAUGCGUAAAAGCACAAGACAUGGAUAAAGAUGGUAAAAAAGGAAACAAAAUACGAGAAAAACCUUAUACAGGUAUGCAAACCCAGCUGCCUCCUUAUCUGUGGAUUGCAGUUAAUGCUAGAGUGAUGUUGCUCAAGAACAUUGAUGUUAGUAAAGGCCUGACAAAUGGAUGUUUUGGAAAUGUAACAGAAAUAUUAACGGAUCAUACAAAUUUAAAUCCAGUAUGCAUCAAAGUUAAUUUUGAGAUGGCCGAUGUUGGUAUUCAUUCAAUCGAAAUGUCCCAAGAAUCCAUUGGUAAGAAAUAUGUGAGAAAACAAUUUCCACUUAAGCUUGCUUAUGCUUGCACAAUACAUAAAGUACAAGGUUCGACAUUAGAAAAAGCUGUUGUAUCAUUAAAAAAUGUGUUUGAAUCUGGACAGGCAUAUGUUGGGCUCAGUCGUGUUACUUCGUUAUCUGGACUUGUGAUAGAACAUUUCGAUCCUAAACGUAUAUAUUGUAAUCCAGAAAUUAAAGAACGCAUUGAGAUUAUGAAGCCGUUUAUCGAGAAAAGCACUUCUGAGGAUAUUCAUGAUUAUAACUUUUCUUUGAUAAUGCAAAAUGUACAAGGAUUAAAACAGCAUUUUAUCGAUUUCAAAUCCCAGUGCCAAUUUGUGAAUGUAGAUUGUAUUUGCUUGACCGAAACAUGGAUUAAUGAUGAUGAUCUCUGUGACGUUGUUUUAGAUAACUUUCGAUUUUAUCAUCAGCCACGACAUCUUUCAUACUGUAAUUCUGGAGUUGGAAAUGUACUCAAAGAACAAUCGCAUGGAGGUGUUGCAAUGUAUAUCAAGAAUACAUAUUCAAGUAGAUUAGACAUAUCUGUCGACAACUUAGAGUUUAUUGCAAUUCUUGUCACCAAACCAGUUUCUGUUGUGAUUUCAGUUGUUUAUCGACCUCCAUCAUAUAGUAUCAAAUCAUUCUGUGAAUCAUUAGACAAUUUGCUAGAUGCAUUACACAAAAUAAGCAUUAGAUGUAUUGUGAUGGGAGAUUUUAACGAGGAUUUGCUUAAAGGUUCUUCACAGGUAAGCAAGCUAAUGUGUAAUAAAGGUUACAAACAGCAUGUUCUUAAUGCUACUACUGAGAAGGGAACAUUGAUAGAUCAUGUGUACAGCAAGGGACUAGAUUUAUUGGAAACAGAGGUCAUCCCUACAUAUUAUAGUUACCAUGAAGCUGUUAAGAUUGCAUUUUAAUAUUUGUAGUAAAACGAGAGGAAUAAAAGAGUAAUUCAUAAUAUUUUUGUUGAUAAAUAACAUUUUCAUUUACCAUGUCUUCAUUCUUGCAAAAAUGAAAAUGAAUAUUACCUCUUCUUAAAAUUCAUGAGAGUUGUGCAUAUUUUUUUAGGCUUACCUUACACUAAUAUCAAUGAUACCAUCUGCCAUGGACAUCACCUUGAAAGCAUGUUGUAAACUUGGUAAAAUCUGUUUUAAGGUGGUGUGUGUUGAAAGAUUUAUGUGUUGUCACUCCUUGCCUUUCAAACCUUAGUGUUUUUAAACAUCACUCACAUCAUGAAAUGUAUAUGUAUUUUUAACUUUUAGAUGCAAUUUUACAAAUCUAAAACAAUGGUACACAUUUAUAAUAGAUGGAUAACAAGAUCAUACA